AUUCUCUUAAAUGUGAUUACAGGUAAAUAUCUCUCCACACCUGUAUCUGCCAUCAAGGUUGCUGCUGAUAUUUACAGCUACUGCUUUCAGGACUAACAAUCAAAAACUAAACUGGAACACAGGUUUACUUCUUGGGAAAAAUAUCUACGCUAGAAAACUGUUUUGAAAAGGAGCCAUUUUAUCAUGCACUAUAUAACAAAAAUCAAGCUGACAAACGUUGUGAUACUGUUGUCGCUAUAUGUUUACCUGGGAUCAUCGAAAGAAUGCAUUGCUCAGCUCUUUGAAGACACAGAUUUCCGGGGUACUGAUAUAUACCCGGUACUAGCACCAGAUGCAGCAUUUUGUCAGCUUAUAUGUUCCAAACAUGCCUCCUGUAUGUUCUUCACUUUCACGACCAAGGAAUGGAGUCAAAUUUCUAACAGGUUUUUUUGUUAUUUGAAGUACUCCAGUAAUGGAAGCCCAGUAAGUAGUAAUGCUCUGCUAGCUGUAACAUCAGGCUAUUCACUGAGUACAUGUGAAGACGUUACACCAACUUGCGCAUAUCUGUAUGUGGGCCUUGAUUUCAUAUCCAAUGACUAUUAUAAUACAUCAAUGAACAAUUACAAUGCCUGCCAGCAGGCAUGUGCAGCAGACAGUUUUUGCCAAUAUUUUUCAUAUGUAACCACAAGCCAUCAGUGUUACAGAAAAUACUCUAUGCUGGUUUCAUCUCCAGCAGAAAUAUAUGUUCUUCCUGACGUCAUCUCUGGAUUUAGCCUCAGGGACUGUGGAGGGUCAAUACUUGAUUGUGAACAACAGUUAUCUGAAGCUGAUUUUGGGGGAACUGUUGUCGCAUCUGUUUAUGCACCUGAUGCUAAAUAUUGCCAGCUGAUCUGCUCUCACCAUCCCAUGUGUCAAUUCUUCACCUUUUUCCCAAGGACCUGGGGUACAGCAUCUGAAAGAUUUGUAUGUUAUCUGAGGAACAGUAAAACUGGGAAUCCUACUCAAGUUACCAAAACACCUGGCAUGAUAUCAGGAUACUCUUUUACAUCUUGUGAUUUGUCACACAGUAAGUAUGACAUAACUUGUUUCUGUUUAGUGUCAGGGAUUAUCGGUGUUAUCUAA